AUGUCGGACUCGUCGCAGCCCGUCUCCUCGCCUCCGCUGACCCCGCCGAAGCAGCGGAAGCGGAAGCCCGACCCCUUCCGCGAACUCGCCAGCACACCCCUUCCGUCGCCGCUGGGCUCUCCUGGCUCGCCGGGCUCCUUUGCAUCCCAGGACGACGGUGAUGAACCUGCGCUCAAAAAGCUCGUCCUGACGCCCUUGCUCUUCGCCUCAUUCAUCAUCUCGCUCUUCUUGGUCGACCGCCGCAACCGUGCUUACCGCCUGGCCGAGCAUCCUCCGUCUCGCAGCCCACCGUGGUGGUCAUACUUCUCGCCGUGGCAGUGGCUGGACCCUGAGCCCUACCGGCACAUGCCCAACUCGACGUGGCAAGACGCGAGCGCCAGCGGAGCCUCGGGGGCGGAUGGCGGUGUUCCUGGCAUCGACGGCCGCGCAGAACUGGACGGAGGGAGGCAGGCGGACAGGCCAUGGUUCGUCAGCAAGAUGCACCGGAAGGUUGUGAGGCUGGAGUUCCGCGAGGCCUUCGAGAUGCGGCGGAGAGUUCUGGUCGCUUUGGGCGUUGUCUGGACCUUGGGCGUCUUGGCCCUAGUGGGCCGCUGGGUAGUAGCCACGCGAGGGUUCGUUCCUGUGCCUUGGUCAAGCGCCUAA